CUAAAUUUCAUUCUCCUCCCAUGAAUUAAACAAUAAUAAGUUAAAAACAAACAAGACAACAUUAAAACCCGAUAACGUACAACAACAAAGCAUUAUUUAAGUUCGUUAAACAUAAAUUUUUGAAAUCUAAGGUCAAAUUUCACAUUAAUUAUUUUUGCAAUAAUAAUUGAGUUAUAAAUUGUUGUUAUUGCGUUCGUUUUAUAAAUUAAUUUAGUUUGUUUACACCCGCGUGUAUAUGUCGUCAUCAUAGCGUUGCUAUUAAUAAGACCUCGUACUGUGCCAUUCGCAAUUCAAAAACUUUCUUAGCCGGUAUACAUUUGAAUUAAAGUGAAUGCCUACACUCAAUCUUAAAGUGAAAUUUAAAAGAUAAGUAUCAAACGGUAAAAUAUGGAUGUGAAUGAACAGGAUGGUGAAGAUAUUUUUGAAAAAAUGCUUUUAAGGCGAAGUCAAUUGGUUCGAAAAGAAUCAAUAAGAAUUGGUGAACGUGCUAAUUAUGUCAACAGCCCCCAUGUUAUUGCUAUGGUUGGAUUGCCAGCUCGAGGAAAAACAUAUAUUUCAAAAAAACUUAGCCGAUAUCUUAAUUGGAUCGGUAUCAAUACUAAAGUAUUUAAUCUUGGCGAAUAUAGAAGACAUGCAACUUCAUCGUACCGUAGCCACGAAUUUUUUAAACAAGAUAACGCUGAAGCAAUGGCAAUUCGAACGCAAUGCGCCGUUGAAGCCCUACAAGACGUAUGUUUAUGGCUAGAAAACGGAGGGGAAGUAGCCGUUUUUGAUGCAACCAAUUCCACAAUGGAUAGACGCCGAAUCAUCCACGACAUCGUCGUAAAAAAGAUGGGUUUCAAAUUGUUUUUCGUCGAAUCGAUUUGCAAUGAUCCGAAAAUUAUCGAACAGAACAUCAAAGAAGUCAAAGUGGGCAGUCCCGAUUAUGCCGCGAUGACUUCCGACGCUGCUUUAGCCGACUUCUUACUUCGAAUACAACAUUACCAGGACCGUUAUCAACCGUUGAUGGAAGAGAAAGAGAGUGAUGUUUCGUUUAUGAAGAUUUAUAAUACCGGUGAGAAAGUGGUUGUUCAUAAACACGAAGGGCAUAUUCAAGCGAGGAUUGUUUAUUAUUUAAUGAAUAUUCAUAUUACACCAAGAACGAUUUAUUUAUCAAGACAUGGUGAAAGUGAACAAAAUUUGAUGGGAAGAAUCGGUGGUGAUUCAGAUUUAAGUCAGAGAGGUCGCCAAUAUGCAACAGCUUUAUCGAAUUACAUUAAAAAUCAAAAUAUUGAAGGGCUUCGCGUUUGGACUUCUUGGUUAAAACGGACCAUUCAAACGGUGGAAGGAGUUCCAGCUCCUCAAGAAAGAUGGAAAGCUCUUAACGAAAUUGACGCUGGAAUUUGUGAAGAAAUGACAUAUGAAGAAAUUAAAGAAAAGUACCCGGAGGAUUUCGCGUCGCGGGAUCAGAACAAGUUCGCUUACAGAUAUCCGAGGGGUGAGAGUUAUGAGGAUUUGGUUGCGCGAUUGGAACCGGUUAUUAUGGAAUUGGAAAGACAAGGAAAUGUACUGGUCGUUUCACAUCAAGCGGUUUUAAGAUGUCUUUUAGCGUAUUUUCAAAAUAAAUCAGCAGAUGAAUUACCUUAUCUUGAAGUUCCUCUUCAUACUGUAAUCAAACUAACUCCCGUCGCUUAUGGAUGUCGAGUUGAACAUGUUAAGUUACCUGUCGAUGCUGUAAAUACUCACAGGUCAAAACCUAAGAUUCCUGGAAGCAUAAGUGACGAACCUAACAUAGAAUGCACAGCCGUAAUGAGCUAAAUAUUAAGAUUAUUUAACAAUAUUUAGUUCAAUUACGCUCUGCCGAACCAAGCAGGGAAAACAUUUCUUAGCCAAUUUUCUAAUUUUUAUUCCGUUUAUAAAAAUGACGUUUUAGUGUGUUUGUUCUAAAAAAAAAGUUUUGGCC